UCCACCGGAGAGGAGCAUAGGUUGUCAAAUACUGUCUCGCCGACAAGGGAAAACAGUUGUAGACAACAAAACUAUCAGGAUUAUUGUCGACAACUGAAGCAGUUUUUCUUUUCAAAGACGAAAGCUAUCCUUUAGUUACUGAUAACUGUUUUUUGAAGUUUGCUAUUAAUAAACUGCUUUACAUACGAUCUUGUUCGUUAUCGAUAAAAAGCGGAAUACAAUGUAGUUAUCGUCAAUUAAGCAUUUACUUCGUGGAGGACUAUAAGUGGCCCAACCCUGGGGAUCAAUUAUAA